AUGCUACAUUAUAAUCAGUUUAUAAGGUGGUCAAUUGGGCUCUAUUUGAUUGCAAGUGGUGGCUGCGCAGAAAUUAAUGAUAACAAUGAUCGUUUGAAAUUAGAGUUAAAUGAAAUCAGCCAAGUGAACGAAUUCGUUCAAAAUCGAUAUUCAAUAAAUUUAUUAGAGCCAGAUUUCGCUCGAAAAAUUUUUCAAGGCGCAAAAAAUCCACUUCAACGUACCACGAUUUCAGAAGCUCGAUUUACGACCCUAUCACAUCUCGGAAGAUUUGCACGAUCUCCAAAACCUGUUUUACAGACAAUAGAUGCCAAUGAAAGCAAUAGGGACUAUAAUCAUAACGUAAGCACUGCGAUGCGCCAUUUGCUACCGAAGAAUAUUACUGCAACUGCAGCCAAAUCUUUGACAACUCUUACAUCGCUUACCAAUGAUACAACAAGGUCAUUGCAAAGAAAAAAGCCUGCGCAUAAUUUCCCUGAAUAUAGAAAAAAUAGUGAUAACGAAUCAUUUAGAACUAAGGGAUCGCAGGGAAUAUCAAUUCAUAAAUCGAAUAUAUCAACAGCUGAUAAAGUCAAUUUUACAACAGGAAUAGCCAAAAACAGACAAUCGGCUUUGCACUCACUUUCAAAGAAAUAUCUUACAAGUCUGAAAAGCAAUUAUUCUGAGAUUAUUCUAUCGUUUGGCACAGAUUCUAUAUCACCUUUAAGAAACGUCGAUUCCAGAUUUGCUAAAACUUCUACCGUUAAAUCCAUAUUUCCGCUGGCUUCAUUCGAUCGUUCUGCAGUAAAACCACCAAAAUUUUUUAUCAAUGAACGAGCAAAUGAAAAGCAGCAAAUUCAAAAGGCCAUACCAAAUGAAGAAAAAAAAGUAAUUAAGAAUGAUACAACUAAAGAUGAAAUUUUUGCAUUAUUAGAUUCUCAAGCGACAUUUAUCUCAAACGAAACCCUAUUAGCAGUAAUUGAUGAAAUUAUUGAAAAUGCCUCAUUUGCAUUACUGAAUAAGACAAUUGAAUCAAGCAGUGCGAUUUUAUCGAAGAACUUCGAGAUUGAUUCACUUCUUUUUAAUACAUUAGCGAAUAUUUCACAAGGAAAUACCAAAGUAAAUUUCGCUGAUAAUUGUGAUUAUGUCGAUGAUAAGAACAAAUGUAUUUUUAGUCAAAAAAAGGAUAUUUUUUCAUUAGGAAGGCGACAUUUUGGAAAAGAUCCAUUACGUCCUUGGCGAACUCUUCACACAGGAAAUGUUUUAUCAAGCAAACGAAAUGAAUAA